AUGGAAGGCACCAUAGUUGAUGUGCCACUUGGUCGUGGAGGAAAACCCAAACGGAUUCGCACUCCAAUCACUAGAGAGAAAGCACGCUAUCUCGAGGCGAAUUUCAUAUUGAAUAACUAUCCGCCAAGAGUACACCGAGAGCAAUUGGCACAUAUUCUGGGAUUAACUGUGCGGAAUGUUGUUGUGUGGUUAAAUAAUCGUCGCCGGCUUAAGAAGAAACAACAGAUGUCUCAACCAGUUCAACAAUCACACUCAAUUGACCUAUCACCAACAUCCGUGAAUACGAUGAAUAGCCGCGAUUUCCAUGAAUAUUUGCCGAUAUUUAUGAAUUCAGCCCACGCAAGUAUGCAUCCGGAUUUUUUUCAAAGUUUGACGCCUGACGAAUGGAAUGAUGUACUGAGCCGCGAUGGAUAUGAUCUUGACAUAAAAAUAUGGUGGAUGAAUCUAUUUAAACAACAAAAGAUCAUUAAACG